AUGACGGGCUACAGAUCUGGCGCUGCCAUUGCUGAGUUCUGGGCCCAUUGCGAAGCCCUCGAAGCGUGGAAGGACCACCCGUGCCUGACAAACUCGGGCAUUCCAAGAGACCGAUUGUUGCCGUUACUCAUUCAUUGCGACGGCGCCGAGUUCUACAACAACACAGAGUUUGUUGUCUGGUCUGUAGGAUCAGCUUUGUCUGAGGGACAUGUUUGGGACAUCAAGUUUCCAAUAGCAUGCGUGCCACAUGAAGCUAUGGUGGACCCCAAUGUGAAGAAUGCUGUGAACCAGCUCAUUGCCCAAGUGGUUGGGUGGUCACUUCGCCAGGCGGCGAGGGGUGAGGCGCCCGCUACUGGUUGUUUUGGGGAAACGCUUGAAGGAGAUCGCGCCCAAAUGGCUGGGUCUGAGCUAGCGCUGGGGUGGAGAGCAUGUUACUUUGGAUCAAAGUACGAUGCCAAGGCAAGAAAGGAGAUCAACCA